AUGAUACGCGGUGUGAUCAGGCUGGAUCGUGAUCUACUUCCGUGUCCAUUAUCACAUCAUGUCAUCGUCUUCUCAUCUGGAUCAAUGUCAUCCACCAAAGACCGGCUGGAGUUUUGGAAGGAACAGCAAAUGCUCCUGUCCUCUCCCGACUCCCUUCCGUCUAUCCUCAGUGCUCUUUUUCAGACUAUUCCACACUACUCCGACCACGUAUCGAGGGACGUGGUAGUCGACACGUGGAAACUGCUGCUAAAGGAACACCCUGCCGCCCUUCAAAAGGUUGUGCCCGUGCUCGCCAAGCAGUUUGCCAUCUACAAAAAGUCCUCCACAAACAACCUCAUGGUGCUGCUGGAGUGGACCAACUACUUUGUGUCCUUCUCCCUGACCAACGCCGGGUCCGAGCUCAACGACUUUGUCUUCAAGGACCUCAUUUCCAUGCAGGCCGAGCUCGUGGACCUGUGCUCAGCAUGCAACCGGGAGCGAAUGGCCAAGAGCGCUCUGAGGCAGACCCGAGCCGCGUUUGCAGCCUGCAUCACAGCUAACGGAGCUCUGACCAAACUGCUGAACGUAUGCCUUCCAGGCACCCCCACGUCUACGGCUCUGCUGGGCUGUCUAGCAUCUGCAUGCGCUGAAAAUGCUCCUCAAACUUUUGAGCAGCUGGAUCUUUCAGCCUACUCGCAGUUUUACGGCGCCAACGUGCUUGGCGCCAAGGUUCUGCCCUGCAAAAACGCCACCAAACAGUUUUGCACGGGAUACUUUGGCAACCUGUCUCGUGACCAAAAGUCCAAGGUCGCGGCUGAUAUCUUUGAUGCCACCAAGAAGUCGAUUCUGAGGUCUCCCGAGUCUGUUCUCGAGUACGCAAUUCCCCUGUUGCUAGAGAGUCUCGAUAAAGACGAUGAGUCAGCAAAGAAGCUGGUUGACGGCAUUUCCGCUUCCCUGGUCACAUGUCUCAAGUCUUCCAAUCAGCUCACUCGAGAUGGAGCUGUCACAUGCAUCGGAGUGGCCUGUGCUAUCUCUCACGAGACCCUCUACUCCGAGUUGGCCAAGACUGUGUCUAAGGUGACUGUGUUGGAGCAAAAAGUGGCCUAUGGAAACGCUAUUGCUGGCUGUCACGUGACCGAUCCUUCUCUGUCUGCCGCCCUUGCUCCUGUGGUUACCAAGGAGAAGAACGAGAUUGCCCUGACUGCUCUGUCGCGUGCCUUUUUGGUCCACUUUUCCCCUGAUCAGGCUAAGACUCUCUCUUCUGGACUGUCUGACUCCAACGCUGGCGUCGUCAAGACCUGGGUUCUACAGCUGGUCAACUUCCCCCAACACGCUGAGCACGUGACAGGUGAGCUGGAGAAGAUUCUCGCUUCUUCCACCAUCGUCAAGGGUGCGAUUUCUGGUCUUGGAGCUGUUUACCUGCUCACCAAGGCUGGAAAAGCUGUAAAAUCUGACAAGGCUCUGGAACUGGCUCUAUCUCCUCGAGUGUACACCAAACUCAGUGCAGGCGAAUUUGUCACUGGUUUCAAGGCUCUGGAGUCGCUGUUCAAGGAGGUUAACCCUGACAAUGCCCCCGACUUUGGUAAGACCAUCUUCUUCUAUGCUUAUGGCGACUCCGAGGUCAAGGUGGACGUUGACUGCUCUAGAUUGGUUGGUCCCGCUCUGAGGAGCAAUUACUCGGAUGGUCUGGCUGGGGCUGUCAUUUCUGGAAUUUCUGACACCCACGUCAGCGAGAGAAAGUACUCCAAGUUGCUUUACUCGCUGUUUAGUGCCGAGAACAACUGCGACAAGGCUCUUGUCGAUGGGCUAGAGGUACUGUGUGGCGUCGGACUGUGGAUUGAGUCCGUUCUGGGAGCAUCUCGAGAUCCCCGAAAGUUGUUGUUGGACAAUGAGAAGCAUGUCAAGUCGAUUCUGUCUUCGGCUACCUCCUCCAACCUCUAUCCUACCAUCGCUACAGUCUGUUUCAUUGCUCCUGACGUCUUUGCUGGUGAGGUUGCCGAGCAGUUCACUGUUUCGAACCUCUCCUGUGUCACCACUGAGGCCGUGACCAUCUUCAACACUCCCGCUGACGAACUGGCUUUCGAUAUCAAGCGAACGGAGCGUGUGGCUCACAAAAACUCCAAGGAAUACCAGGACAAGCUGUGGGAAGAAAACCUCAAGAAGGAGCUCCAAAAGAAGAAGGGUGUUGUCGAAAAGCCAAAGUACACCAAGGAGGAACAAAUCAAGGUAGACGAACAGAUGAAGAAGGAGGCAGAAAUUAGAACGGAGGUCACCGCAGUCGCAGAUCACGUGACCCGGCUCAUGGGCAUCAUUUCCGCCCUCUCCAAGGAGGCCAUGACGGUUGAUAACGGCAAAGAAACGUGGUUUGGACCGGCCAUGACGCUCAUGCUCGAGCUCCUCAGACACCCCAACGUGGAUGUGCUUUGUUCCAGUCACGUGACCAAGACUCUCACGGACAUGUCUUGGAUCACCAACGACAAGCUGGGUUCCAUUAGACCCUUCCUGGCCGUCUGCCUGCUCAGAAUGUAUGGUAAUCACGUGAGCGAGGACCUCCAGAAGGAGUCACGUGACUCUCUCAUCACGCGGGUGCUGUACAAGAUUCAUUCUGUGGCCAUGUCUUCUCCUCUUGACGCUAUUUCUCUGAUUUUCGUGCUUCCCAUUGUCUUGUUUGUGCUCAAGAACCAGUCUCGUGACAAGGACGUGGCUGAGGAGCAAACGCAUCUUGCCAUUGAGAUUGUCACUUGUCACACCUCUGCUUUUGCCGACGUGAUUACUCCUCGAUCUGAAAUCAUGAGCGCCCUCAUUCAGCUCAUGAAGAGCACUCCCACCAAGGCCAAGCUUGCUCGUGAGUGUCUGUACUCUGUGGUUGAGCACGUGGCUCUGACAAUUACGAAACCCGAAGAGCACGUGUUGCUGAGUAACCUGUUCACUGGAGACACUGGUGUUCGUCAUGCUAUUCUGGAGGCUGUUGACGCUCAUCUCACUCUUGAUGACUCCUCUCCUGAACUCUACGUGACCUGUUUCGAUGUGGACGACGUGAACCGAGAACUUGCCGAGCAGAUUUACUCCGAGAACAAGCUCUGCAAGCCCUCUUCUUCUGUUCUUCUCCCCUUCCUGGCUGCUGAGUCGUCUUCUCUGCGCCUGUCUUCGGCACGUGCCUAUGCUGCCACUGCCGAAGCUGACUCCUACAACCAGCUCAUGGCCUACAUUAUCGAGGCUUCUGUGCCCAUUCCUCCUACCCUGGACCAGUACGGAAAGCCCAAGAAGGGCGAGUCUGCACGUGACCAGUGGGAAGCUCGAUGCGGAGCUGGUCUAGCUGUUCACGAGAUGGCACCUGGCAUGUCUCCCGAGCAUGUGAUUUCGUUCAUUGAGUUCCUUGUCGAAACCGGCUACUCUGAUGUCAACUCUGACGUCCGACAGGAGUUCAAUGAUGCCGGUCUGGCUCUUGUUGAUCAGCAUGGCCUCAAGAACGUUGAGGAGCUGAUGAAGAUCAUUCAGAACCGACUCAACAAGGCGUCUAACGGCUCCGAGAGCGAUGACCACGUGAUUUCGUCUUGUGUUGUUCUGUAUGGUGCUCUGGCCCGCCACCUGGAAUCUUCAGAUUCCCGUCUGCCUGUCAUCUACGACCGAAUGUUGGUUGCUCUAGAUACUCCUUCUGAGUCUGUGCAGUUCCGAGUCUCCGAAUGUCUUUCUGGACUGGUCAGCAAGAUGGACAAGAAGGCUAGAGAUGGCUACUUGGACCAGCUCACCGAGAAGCUUCUUUCUGACUCUUCUCUCGCCAUUCGACGAGGAGCAGCAUAUGGUAUUGCUGGUCUCGUUAGAGGAGGCGGAAUUGCUUCCAUUGGAGAGACUGAUCUCAUGCGAACCCUGACAGAUGCUAUGGAGAACAAGAAGUCGUCUGCCGCCCGUCAGAGUGCCCAGUUUGUGGUCGAGACUCUGUCGAUGGCACUCCAGCGACACUUUGAGCCCUAUGCCCUGCAGCUCAUGCCUCUGGUGCUUGCUGCUCUUGGUGAUCCCGUUUUCGAGGUCCGAGAAGCUACCAACGAUGCUUCUCGUCAGGUUAUGAAGCACACCACUGCCUACGGAGUGACCAAACUCAUUCCCAUGGCCAUUGAAAACCUCAACCUCACUGCUUGGCGAUCUAAGAGAGGAGCUGUGGAAUUGCUCGGUAACAUGGCCUACCUGUCCCCCCAUGAACUGUCCACCAACCUGUCGCUAAUUGUCCCCGAGAUUGUGGCGGUGCUCAACGAUACGCACAAGGAGGUGCGGGCCGCGGCUAACAGCUCUCUCAACCGGUUUGGUCACGUGAUUUCCAACCCCGAGAUUCAGGCUCUUGUUCCCAAGCUCAUUGGUGCCAUUGCCGAGCCUGAGAAGACCGAGGUUGCUCUGGACGGUCUGCUCAAGACCCAGUUUGUGCAUUACAUUGACGCUCCCUCCCUCGCUCUCAUUAGUCACGUGCUCCAGCGUGGUCUUGGAGACCGAUCCGCCGCAGUCAAGAAGAAGGCUUGUCAGAUUGUUGGCAACAUGGCCAUUUUGACUUCGGCUCAGGACAUUGCACCUUACUUGCCCGAGCUGACUGUUUCCCUGGAGACCGCCAUGGUCGAUCCCGUACCUGGCACUCGUGCUACUGCUGCCCGGGCUCUGGGUUCUCUUGUCGAGAAGCUGGGCGAGCCUGCGUUCCCUGAUCUGGUCCCUCGACUUCUUUCCACUCUCAGAGACGAGUCUCGAGCUGGAGACCACCUUGGUGCUGCCCAGGGUCUGUCUGAGGUUGUGUGCGGUCUGGGUCUUCGAAAGCUGGAAGAAAUUCUGCCUCAGGUGAUCAAAUCCUGCGCUUCCCCCAAGAAUCACAUUCGAGCUGCUUUCAUGCCGCUGAUGAUCUUCCUGCCUGCCACCUUUGGCAACUCGCUGACCCCUUACCUGUCCCAGAUCAUUCCUGUGAUUCUUUCUGGACUUGCCGAUGAUGUUGAUUCCGUCAGAGACGCUUCCCUCAAGGCUGGUCGGCUCCUGGUGUCCAACUUCUCCAGCAAGUCUGUUGACCUGCUGUUGCCCGAGCUUCUCGUCGGCAUGUCUGACUCCAACCACCGAAUUCGACUUGCCUCGGUUGAACUCAUGGGAGACCUACUCUUCCAGCUCACUGGUCUCACCAAGAACGAGCUUGAUGAGUCUGAUGAUGUCAACGCAGGCCAGGCCCUGCUCUCGUUGCUGGGACAACAGACUCGAGACACUGUUCUGGCCAACUUGUUUGUUUGUCGAGCAGAUACCUCUGGACAGGUGCGACUUGCGUCGAUCGAAAUCUGGAAAGCGCUGGUGGCCAACACCCCUCGAACUGUCAAGGAGAUUCUUCCCGAGCUCACCAACCAGGUGGUUACCCGGCUGGCUUCUCGGGACCACGAGCAGCGAGAAAUCGCCGCCUCCACCCUCGGAGAACUCGUCCGACGAGUCUCGGACUCCCUGCAGCAGCUUCUCCCUACUCUGCAGACCAACCUCGACAACUCCGACUCUGACCAGAAACAGGGUAUCUGCAUUGCUCUCAAGGAGCUCAUCGUCUCCUCCUCUAGAGACCAGCUGGACGCCCAUAAGACGACCGUUGUUCACAUUCUGCACGAGACUCUGACCGACUCGUCACGCGAUGUGCGUUCCGCUGCCGCCUCUGCGUUCGAUGCCUACAACGAGAUUAUGGGAAACUCGGCUGUCGACGACAUUCUCCCCAAGCUGCUGUUGCUGCUCAAGGAGCGUCCCGAGGCUGCUCUGGCGGCUCUCAAGGACAUCAUGCAAUCGCGAGCCAACUCGAUUUUCCCCGUUGUGCUGCCCAAGCUGCUGUCUCAGCCUAUUUCCGUCUUCAACGCCGAGGCCCUCGCUUCUCUGGCUCCUGUUGCUGGCCAGACCCUGCUGCGACGACUUCCCCAGGUGGUUGGCAACCUUGUGUCCGCCAUUAUCAGCGCGCGUGAUCAGAAGGACGACGAACGAGCGUCUGCUUUGUUUGACUCUCUUGUCUCCAUUUUCCUGUCGGUGUCUGACGAAGGAAUCCAUUCACUCAUGCAGCAGCUCAAGUCCAUGGCCAAGGACGAGGACUCGGCCGUGCGAACACUGCUGUUCGAGACCCUCACACCCUUUUUCAAGGACACCCAGUUGGAUCUUUCUGCUUACUACAUUGACUGGGCUGAGCUGUGUAUCUAUGGUCUUGACGACGAGUCUGUUUCUUCUGCUGCCAAGAGCGCUCUGGAGACUCUGGUCAAGAAUCUGUCCAAGGAGGAGUUGGAAACCCUCUCCAAGCCUGCUUAUUCCGCUCUCGCCAACACCUCCAUCCCCCUGGCCGGUAUCAAUGUGCCCAAGGGACCCGCCUGUAUUCUCCCCAUCUUCGUGCAGGGUCUCAUGUACGGUACUUCGGACCAGCGAGAGGCCUCUGCCAACGGUAUGGGAUGCAUUGUAGAGCGAGUUGACGCGUCGCUGCUCAAGUUGCACGUUACCCAGAUCACAGGUCCCCUCAUUCGAACCAUUGGAGAACGGUUCCCGGCCUCUGUCAAGGUGGCUAUCGUUACAACUCUCAACCUGCUCCUCAAGAACUGCUCUGCUUUCCUCAAGCCUUUCCUGCCCCAGCUUCAGAGAACCUUUGCCAAGUGUCUCAGUGAUACCGGCUCUGAGCGACUGCGAAACGAGGCUGCCGAGGCCCUGGGUACCCUGAUUACCCUGCAGUCCCGAGUGGAUCCUCUGGUCAGCGAGCUCGUUACCGGAGUCAAAAACUCCACCGACGAGGGCGUCACCAACGCAAUGUUCAAGGCUCUGCAGGGCGUCGUGUCCAAGGCCGGCGGCCAGAUGAGCCAACAGUCACGGGAUCUCGUUUUUAACCUCGCCGAUGAGGUCACGGGACUCGACAAGCAUGUGUUGGCCAAGAUGCUUGGAGGUCUAGCUAAGGUCGGAGACGCUUCUGUGGUCUAUGAGGUGUCCCAGAAGGUCAACAACAGCGAGUUUGGCGCCUAUGUGCUGAAUGAGCUGCUUGUGGCCCAGGCUGGCGAUGAACGUGUGUCUACACGUGACCUCCCCGAUGAUUCGCCUGAUUACGUCACUUCUACGCUCGAGUUGAUGAAGUCCGAGACACCUGCAGUUUCCGAUGCUGCCACUCUAGCCUGUGGAAAGCUGCUGCUGGCUUUCGGUGGCCUGCCGUUUGAGAUCACAAAGAUUCUGUUGACUCAGCUGGCUCAGAACAUCACUGCACCGGCCUCUUCGUCUUCCGACACUCGACGUCUGGCACUGGUGGUGCUUCGUACUGUUGCUAGACAGCAGCAUGCGCUUACCAAGCCCCACGUGACUCUUCUUGCUACUUCCACGUUUGCGUGUGUGCGAGAAAUGGUCAUUCCUAUCAAGCUUGCUGCUGAGAAGGCGUGGUUGGCUCUGUUCGACCUGGUUACUGGUUCCACAGAGUUUGACAAGUGGUUUGGAGAGGUGCAGUCGGAGCUGCCCAACAACGGACGGUCUAUUGGCGACUACACUAAGCGUGUUGCCAUGAGACUGGCCCAGGCUGAGCGAGAGCGACUGGAGGAGGGAGGAGACGACAUGGAGAGUGAUAAGCGGGAGGACGAGGCGGAGAUUUGGGAGUAG